AUGAAAGCCUUCGUUUUCGUUGCGAUCUCGAUCAUUGUUCACGCCAAGAAGUACGAGAUGGUGCUUCGCUCAACUGGAUCGCUCAAAGCACGUGUCAUGAAGAACGGGAUGAAUCAAAAUUAUCAAUCGAUGCAGGAGACAGCCUACGACCAAGCGCCCAGGAAGCAGUUCGUUCGGUUUCGCGACUACUACGAUGAUCUCUAUCUCGGAAAUAUCACAAUUGGAACUCCAGGCCAAAACAUGUCACUGCUGGUAGACACCGGUUCGGCCAAUCUCUGGAUAUUCGACAUCACGUGCAGGUCAUUCGGUUGCAUAGGUGUUCCUGGCAGUGGCUUUACUAGACGCAGAUUUAACACCAGGACAUCGUCAACGUUCACUAGGCAACGGAAGCAGAUCAGUCUUUCAUAUGGAGCUGGAUCAUGUAGCGGACCCGUCGGAAAAGACGCUGUCUCCUUCGCUGGUAACCAUCUAGAUAUUACAGUUCACUUGAAUGAAAUCAAAGUGCACGAUUACAGUGCGAUGAUCGAAAAUCAAGAGUUUAUUCAUGUAACGGAAGCCGACGGCGCCUUCUUCUUCAUGCCAAUUGACGGCAUUCUUGGGCUUGGUUGGCCAGCGAUCACCGUAGGCGAGGUUACUCCACCUCUACAGAAUAUUCUCUCGAGCCUCGACGCUCCUCUCUUCACCAUUUGGAUGGACAAAAAGGACGCUACGAAAGUCGGGAACGCCGGUCUGAUCACAUUCGGUGCUAUCGAUGCCGUCAACUGUGAGUCGGAAAUCAACUACGUCCCACUCUCGAAAGAAGCAUAUUGGCAGUUUCCUAUUGAAGGUUUUUCUAUUGGGAGCUUUUCGACGAGCAAAAGCGCACAGGCAGUUUCCAGCACUGGUACCUCGUGGAUCGGUGCACCAACCGAAAUCAUAGAAGCAGUAGCUAACCAGACCGGUGCUCACUAUGACUCAUUGAACAAGUUCUACACCGUCGACUGCUCAACAAUGAAGACUCAACCUGACCUGGUGUUCACUAUCAACAGUGUGAAGUACAAUAUACCGCCCGAAGAAUACGUACUCGGUAUUGGUGUUGGAGACGGACAGUGUGUUCUUGCCUUCUUCGAGAUUCCAUCCGGAAGUUUGCGUAUGGACUGGAUAUUGGGCGAAGCUUGGAUUCGCACCUAUUGUAACAUCCACGAUUUCGGUCAGAAGCGCAUCGGUUUCGCGAAGGCAAUGCGUAAAGAAGUCUAA